GAUCGCUAAGGCCGUGGCUGCUGCUCAUACCUUCUUCGUGGGGAACCCCGACCACAUGGAGAUGCGGCAGAACCUGGAGUAUUACCAGAUGAUGGCAGGAGUCAAAGAGUCGGACUUCACAGACCUGGAGGCCAAGCCCCACAUGGGCGAGUUCCGCCUGGGGGUGAAGUUUUACACCGAGGAGCAGCCGGCGCUGGAGGAAUAUUUCGUAGCUGACGCCGAAUGUCGCGCUCUCUGCGAGGGGCCCUACGACUACGAAGGCUACAACUACCUGGAAUACAAUGCUGACCUGGUCCAGGCCAUUACGGAUCACUACGUGCAGGUGCUCAGCUGCAAGCAGAGCUGUGUGACCGAACUCGCCUCCCAGCCUGGCCAGGGCAAGCCCGUGGAGGAUUUCCUUCCGUCCCACUUCAACUACCUGCAGUUCGCCUAUUACAACAGUGGGAGUUACGAGAAGGCCAUUGAGUGCGCCAAGACCUACCUGCUUUUCUUCCCGAGCGACGAAGUGAUGAAUCAGAACUUGGCCUACUACACGGCUGUCCUGGGGGAAGGCCUGGCUGCGCCCAUCGGCCCUCGAGAAGUGAGUGAGCUCCAGCCGGUCCCCGGGAUUCUGCCCGUGUUGCUCUCCAGGGAUUCAGGGGGCAGGUCAGGCUGCCAAGCCCCCAGCCAGGCACUAAGGCGGCUGCCCCGGGGGCCGGAACAGGCUCUCACAGCGUCUCUGCCCAGGGUGGAGCGCGAGACGGCCGCUCGAAUCUCCGAGGAGAUUGGCAAUCUGAUGAAGGAGAUCGAGACACUGGUGGAGGAGAAGACCAAGGAGUCUGUGGACGUGAGCAGCUUCGUGCGGGAAGGGGGGCCGCUGCUGUACGAGGGGCUGAGCGUCACCAUGAACUCCAGGCAGCUGAACGGCUCCCAGCGAGUGGUGGUGGACGGCGUCAUCUCCGAGGACGAGUGUCGGGAGCUCCAGAAACUCACCAACGAAGCUGCGUCUGCGGGGGAUGGGUAUCGUGGGAAGACCUCCCCCCACACUCCCAGCGAGACCUUCUAUGGCGUGACGGUUCUCAAGGCCCUCAAGCUGGGGCAGGAGGGCAAGGUGCCCAUGCGCAGCGCCCGGCUCUACUACAACGUGACGGAGAAGGUGCGGCGCCUGGCCGAGUCCUACUUCCGCCUGGACUCGCCGCUCUACUUCUCCUACUCUCACCUGGUGUGCCGCACCGCCAUCGAGGAUAAGCAGGCGGACCGGACGGACUCCAGCCACGCCGUGCACGUGGAUAACUGCAUCCUCAACGCCGAGGCCAUGGUGUGUGUCAAGGAGCCGCCGGCGUACACCUUCCGGGAUUACAGCGCCAUCCUGUACCUCAAUGGGGACUUCGAAGGAGGAGCCUUCUACUUCACCAAGCUGGACGCCACCACGGUGACCGAGCGCGUGCAGGCCGACGACCUGGUGAAGAUGCUCUUCAGCACGGAAGAGGUGGAUUUGUCGGAGGUGAAGGGGCCGGAAGCGGCGCCACCUGCCACGGCGGGGGUCCCUGGGCAGGGCGUGGACGGGAAGGACGAGCUGUGAAGCCGCAGGCGCCAGGAGUGGGACUGCGAUGGCGUUUCUGGACCCAGACCCCUGGGAACCGCCGCUCGUGGAGGCAGGGCAGCGGGCCUGGGACGGAGAGCGGCCAGUUCCCUACAAGGCCUGGGCAGGAGCCUGGUUUCCUUGGCCUGCUCCAGCGCCCGCGGGCCAAGGCGCAGCAGGGCCGGGAGGAAGCUUUUCUGGGCUAGCUCCGGGCCACACACCUGCAAAGUGCCCGGGGAUGCCAGUCUCGUCCUGCCCCCCGUCUCCCGCCGUGGCCCAGCCUUGCGCCGUGCGACACGCACACGUGGCGGGUGCACCGUUCUGGGUCCCUGGACGGACGUGGGCGCCUGGAUCCAGGGGACAUUCGGGGACCCCGAAAAACCCGUUGGAUUGAACACGUGCCAAUGGCAGUCGGGAAUAAACGGUUCUU